AUGAGUAAACAAAGAAAAUGUCCAAAUUGUGGUCAUACACAGUUUGAUGUUAAUAGAUACACAGCAGCAGGGGAUGUUUCAUGUCUUCGAUGUGGUACAGUUUUGGAAGAAAACCCUAUAGUUUCCGAAGUCCAAUUUGGUGAAUCAUCAAGUGGUGCUGCAAUGGUUCAAGGUGCUAUGGUUGGAGCAGAUCAAGCAAGAGCUACAUUUGCAGGUGGAAGGCAAAAUGCAAUGGAAAGUAGAGAACAAACAAUAAAUAAUGGUAAAAGAAGAAUUAGAAGAAUAGCUGCAUCUCUCAGAAUUCCUGAUCAUAUAAGUGAUGCAGCUGGAGAAUGGUUUAAAUUAGCUUUAACUAAUAAUUUUGUUCAAGGUAGAAGAUCUUAUAAUGUUUUAGCUACAUGUUUAUAUGUUGCUUGUCGUAAAGAAAAAACUCCUCAUAUGUUAAUUGAUUUUAGUUCAAAAUUACAAAUUUCAGUAUAUUCAUUAGGUGCUACUUUUUUAAAAAUGGUAAAAGCUUUACAUGUUACUGCUUUACCAUUAGCUGAUCCAUCAUUAUUUAUACAACAUUUUGUUGAAAAAUUAGAUUUUAAAGAAAAAACUCAAAAAGUAGCAGCAGACGCCCUCAAGUUAGCAAAAAGAAUGUCAGCAGAUUGGAUUCAUGAAGGAAGAAGACCAGCAGGUAUAGCAGGUGCAUGUGUUUUACUAGCGGCUAGAAUGAAUAAUUUUAGAAGAAGUCAUGCAGAAAUUGUUGCAAUAUCUCAUGUUGGACAAGAAACAUUACAAAGAAGAUUAAAUGAAUUUAAAAAAAGUAAAGCAGCACAAUUAUCAGUUAAAAGUUUUAGAGAAGAUGUUCAAGUAGAAUCUUCAAACCCACCAUCAUUUGAUAAAAAUAGAGAUGAAGAAAUGAAAAUUGCAAAACAAUUACAAAUACGACAACAAGAAACUUAUAAAAAAUUAGAAUCAAUGACUGAUGAAGAAAAACAAAAAUAUAUGGGAAAUUUAAGCAAAGAUGAACAACAAAAACAAAUGCUUAUGAAUACAAUUAUGAGUGAUUUAACCAUAAAUAAAGAAGUAUUAAAUGAUCAAAUAGAAAGAAUAUUAAAAUAUAAACAAAAUAAAUUAGAAGAAAAAUUAUAUAAAACACCUGGAGAUGUAAGUAAUGAUUCAAAUGAAAUUUGGAAUUUAAAUUGGCCAAAAAAUUUAUCAAAAUUACCUAAAACUGAAGAUUUUUUGGAGAAGAUUCCAGAUGGAGAUUUAAAUUCAGAUGAUGAUGAUAUAGUAGUUGAAGAAAGUCAAAUGACACCAGAAGAAAUUGCAAUGAAAGAAAGAAUUUGGACAGGAUUAAAUCAUGAUUAUAUGGUUGAACAAGAAAGAAAAAGAUUAAAACAAGAAGCUGAUGAAUUAACUGGAAAUACUUCAGCAACAAAUAAAAAUAAAAGAAAAAAAAUUAAUAGAGGUACAAUACCUCCUGAAAUUCAAAAAGAAAUUGGUGAUAUAAUAUUAGAUGAUGAUGGUACUCCAAGAAAUGCUGGUGAUAGUGCUAAAAUGUAUUUUGCAAAAAGUUCAGUAUCAAGAAAAAUUAAUUAUGAUACAUUGAAUGGGUUGUUGGCUGAUAAAUUAUAG